CGCGGCUAUUAGCUGUCGUCUCUUAUCCAACCGAACCCAACGAGUUCGAAAACGAGUAGAAUGUGAAAGCACGCGCCAAAAAGGGGGCGCGUGGGUGAAAUCCGUAUCCAUCUUCAACGGGCUUAAGAUCCAUUUUAGUCAGUCUCAGUGAUGGUAGUGAGAAGAAAAAGCGUCAUUCUUACGUUUUUCUUUUAAGUUUCACUCAGAGACAGAAGCUAGAACAAAGAAAAGAGAAGCCUUUUGAAAGCAAUCAACUUUAAUCUUUUUCAACCAACACUAGUACUCUAGCUGUUGCUCUUUCUCUUCGUUUUCUUCCUUCCUUCUUCUCUUAGAUCUCUUUCUUUUAACUUGAGUCUUAUCCUUUGGAUUUUUAUUCGAUUUGAUUCCUCCGUUUGGUUUGGUCAGUUUUCUUUAGACUCUUAGUCUUUCCUCUGAUCUGGGUUUUAGCUGUAGAAACUCGUGAGUUAGAUCGAUUGAGAACCCAACUAUAAAUUAGUAAAAAGAGAAACCCUUUAUAGGUUUUUUGGGGUUUUUGUCUCAGUCUGACCAAUGGGUUCACAGGUGAGUCUCUGUCUCUCUGUUUUGAAGAGAUUGUAAGGAAACUAGGGCUUGUUUUCUUGUUUAGACUGUUCAUGCAAUUAGUUUUCGUGGAAGAUAAUUGAUUGAACUUGCUUGUAGCUUAGUUCUUGGUUUCUAUUGAGCUCUAAAGGAUAGGUUUUUAAGAGAUGAAAUUGUUUAAUGUCUCGUGACUCAAGUGUUGCUUAUAUAUGUUUCCUUUGUUCAGAUCUUUUUGGAAAGAAUUUGUAUUUGGAUGUUGUUAAAUAACUUGUUCAAUGCACUGCUUCUAAUGCAUGAAAAAAAUGGAAUCUUGCUUUCGUGUUUAUGAUUGCGCUUGUGUUGAUUCUUCAAUGAAUAGUUCCUCCUCUAUGGAGUGUCUGCCAGUUUGAAUGAUCCUCUACUUUUGUGCAUAUCGAAAAAAAUGACAUUGCUUUUCACACUUUUUAGUCUGCAUUCUUCAACAAAUUUCUAUAGUGUUUGAGUUUAGUUCGCCUUCAUUGUGUUGUUGUGAGGUAUGAGUUACUACUGGUAAUUAAAAAGCAACCUUUUCAACUUGCAGGUUUCUUGUCUAGUUGCUUGAGGUUUUUGGUUUUUGGUUUGAAUAGAGUUAUGAGAAGAGGUAGAGGAAAAGGCAAGAGGCAGAAUGCUACUGCUAGAGAAGAUCGAGGGAGCGGCGAGGAAGAAAAGAUUCCAGCUUUUAGGAAAAGAGGGAGGCCACAGAAGCCGGUGAAAGAUGAAGAAGAAGAAGAAGAAGAGCUAGUGAAGAAGACAGAUGAGGAAGAAGACAAGGAUGAUGAUACAAAUGGUUCAGUAACAAGUAAAGAAAAUGUGACAGAGAAUGGGAGGAAGAGGAAGAAACCAGUGGAGUCUAAAGAGAGCAACAUAACUGAAGAAGAGAAUGGGGUAGGGUCAAAAUCAAGCACAGAAGAUUCUAUGAAAUCAUCGUCGUCUAUUGGGUUUAGGCAGAAUGGGAGCAGAAGGAAGAACAAACCAAGACGAGCUGCUGAAGCUGUUGUUGAAUGUAAUGGGGUUUGAAAAGAGGUUCUUAACGCUUUUGAAACCGCCUUUUUGGUAUUUUUUUUGUUGUUUUUGUUAGAUACUUUUGCUGUUAUAAACCCGAGUUUGAUGCGGGUGCGUUCUGGUUUCAUUACAUGGAAUCAAAACUUCGAUUUUUCGGAUAUUGCUCUUCCCUCCUAGUUUCCAUGGCGUUCUGAAACUCACUCUUUCUUUUGAACAAAGUGGAGCCUAAAAAUGCUCUUUGACGGCUAUGCAAAAAUGAAACAGUCAUAAGUUGUGAAAAGCGAAAAAGAAAAGGUUCAUUGUAGGAAGAAAUAUCAAGAAGAUUUGUGAUAGUCAAGCCAGAUUAGUGGGGGGGGGGGGCUUUAGGCCUUUUUUCAGGUUGUAUUUUUGUAGAAUUUUGGAAAUCAAA